CACAACUUUGGAUUUGAAUGCAUUAGUAAAUACUAAACUAUGAUUAAUAAAUGCUGUACAAGUGUUUGCAGUUAGUAAUGUUAGUAUUACAGUAGUUAGUAAUGUUUGUAUUAUUGUGUUAGUAAAUAGCUACAUUAACAUUAAUUAAAUGUAAAACAUUUGAUAUACGUAUAUGAUAUUUAUGGUUAAGGAAAAUAAAAUUACAAACAUUAGCAGAAAUGCACUAAAGAUAAAAUUAAAAUUAAGAAAUAUUAAACAACUCAAAGCAGUUUCACUUCACUGCGUUGAAAUGGAUGGCGGUGGUUCUGCGUCACGUGCCGCUGUCCAGAGUUCUGAAAGCGUCUGCAGUUUGCACUUAGCUGCAUGUAAAUCAUCUCCACCAGCUUUAUAAUCGGUAGUUUGUUGAAUUCAUUGGUUUAGCUUACUUAGCCUAUUCAAAAAAUCUAAUUACAAAAUUUACAGUUUUGCAAAGUAUAUCCAGGAAAGAUAUCCAGUAGAUUUUUUUAAGAUGCUUAAAUUAUUAACGUCAUGCGCACAUUCGACUUUCUUGCAUAAUUUCAUUACAGUAUUCCUCUGUCAGACAAAACAGACGAAUUGAUUGCCUUUAAGAGGUCCGUUGAAGCGAUUCUAAAAAUAGCCUGACGAGAACGCGCGCCGAACUAUUGCCAGAUAGGCUACUCCUAAAAAUACAGGGAUGCGUGAGAUCUGUGAUGGGGAGAUGGUCAAGCAAACACACCGAUAUAAAAAAAAAGAAACGGGUAGUGUAACUCGCAUAUUGACACUUAUAUUGUUUGCCCAUUUCUCAUAUGAGUGAGCGUACGAUCGGUGCGAUCUGCAUUUCCAUUGACUCUCAUUUUUUCCUCUCCUGAGAGAGAGAGAGAGAGAGAGAGAAAGAAACGGACUCCGCCUUUGCCUUCGCCCAAUACCGAGCCCCCGGUUCAGUGAAGGGGGAAAUCACAGAUCUGCUAGCUAAUGCCGGAGUCCCUCUGUUUGCGUCGUCUCCGGGCGUAGAGAUGAUGGGCUUCCCGUAACUGGAGGUGGAGGGAAGAGGCGGGGGGUGGGGGUAGAGAGAAAAGAGGAGGGGUGGGUUGGGAAAAAAACACGAAGAGAAACAAAAGCACAGUUGUGGGUGCCUGACACCAUGCGAGAUUUGCACUAUUCUCAUAGAACGCUGCUCUAUCCGUGGACCAUGUCGUGAGGUGUGGCUCCAGCGCUCGGGAUACUGCCAAUAGAUUCGCCUGGGAGCGGGGCAAAAGAUGUCCGCCUCGGUAGGGCCCCAAAGCGGCCCUCGCCCACCCACCGUGCCGGCUCCCAUGCCUGAUAUGCCAGACUUGAGCCACCUCACGGAGGAGGAAAGGAAAGUCAUCAUGGCAGUGAUGGUUCGGCAAAGGGAAGAAGAGGAGAAGGAACAAGCCAUGCUAAAGACACUGCACCAGCAGUUUGAGAGUUAUAAGGAGCAGGUGAGGAAGAUCGGGGCAGAAACGAAGCGACAGCAGGCUGUCCAUAAAGAUGAUGCACCUACCUGUGGCAUCUGCCGUAAGACCAAGUUUGCAGAUGGCUGUGGGCAUCUGUGCUCCUACUGCCAGACCAAGUUCUGUGCCCGCUGCGGGGGAAGAGUAUCGUUGCGCUCAAAUAACGAGGAUAAAGUGUGUCUCAUAGGGAAAGACAGGGUGAUGUGGGUAUGUAACCUGUGCAGGAAACAGCAGGAAAUCCUAACUAAAUCGGGAGAAUGGUUUUCAUCAGGGCCCGGGGGGAGGCCUCUUAGUGUGGGUUCUCCCCUCAGUGGCCCUGAGUUGGAGAAGGAGAGGAAGUUGCGCUCCAGAUCCCAGGUUCCGGGUGCCAACGACACUCUGCUACCCAACGCUGGUCCCGGUGACCAUCCAAAGGGAGCAGAUACAAUGCCCGCCUCACGCUCCCGCAGUGAACCACCAAGAGAAAAGAGGAGGCCAGUGUCCAUGCAUGAGCAGAAUGGAAAAGUGAUUGGACGUGGAGAGAGAAGAAGAGCUCCAGCCAGGUUAUCGUCGCAGGCCUCUGAAGACCGAGCCCCAGGUGAGAAUCGAGAUGGUAGACGACUAGAGAAAGACCACUCACAGGAGGACGAUCCCACCCACCCUGAGCGACGAAGAAGACAGGAGGAGGAAGAGCGAGAGCGGCAAAGACGAGAGGAAGAGUACCAGACCCGUUACCGUAGUGACCCCAAUCUAGCCCGCUACCCUGUUAAACCGCAGAAGGAGGAACAAGAAAUGCGCAUGCAUGCCAAAGUCUCCAAAAUGCGCCAGGAGCGUCAUCACAGUGACCUGGCCAUCAAUGAAGUGGGCCUGAUGCAGGAUGGUGGCGAAGCUGCUGGAAAUCGCAUUAGCAGGCAACGAGUAGCUAGCAAUGAGGACCGCAAGGCUCUUUUAGAAAACCAUCGAGCUUAUUCUGUGGACAGGACCGUGGGGGGUGGUGUUGGGGGGCAAGGGUCCCUCAAACAGGGCCAUGGUGGCCCUCAAAUGGGCCUUACUGGGCCUCCAGACCUCAGGGAUGGACAGGAUUGGGGCCCAAAGGGGCAUCUGGAACCUGGGUCUGCAGCUUUUCUGCACAGGGCCAAGCGGGAAAAAGCUGCAGAAAUCAUGCGUAAAGAUUCUUCUCUCAGCUCAGACCAGUCUGAGUCAUUACGGCCACCUCCACCAAGAGCCUACAGACCCAAACGAGGCCUCAACAAAAGGCAGAUGUCCAUCAGUAGCUCAGAAGAAGAAGGAGGUUCCACGCCUGAAUACACCAGCUGUGAGGAUGUGGAGAUCGAAAGUGUUAGUGAAAAAGGUGACUGGGACUGUCAUCCACUGGACCCCACUGUGUGGCAUCAUCCAGUGAGUUGGCAGCCAUCCAAAGAGGGAGAUCAUUUGAUUGGCCGUAUCACUUUAAGUAAGCGAUCCACUAUGCCACGAGAAGCCGGUUCUCUACUGGGUCUGAAGGUUGUUGGUGGGAAAAUGACAGAGUCUGGUAGACUGGGGGCCUUUAUCACCAAAGUAAAGAAAGGAAGUUUGGCUGACAUUGUCGGGCAUUUACGAGCAGGCGAUGAGGUGUUGCAGUGGAAUGGAAAAGCGUUGCCUGGAGCAACUAAAAAGGAAGUGUAUAAUAUUAUUCUGGAGUCUCAGUCUGCACCUCAAGUGGAAAUAGUUGUUUCCAGACCGAUUGGAUGUAUUCAACGAAUUCUAUCCAAAAACUUCUUGAAAAAGGUCUAUAGAGCAUAUCAAGAAACGCCAAGACUUCCAGGGACAUCACACCCCCCUCUAGAAUCAACUGGUUCGAGUUCUAUAGAUGAAUCUCAAAAGAUGGAUCGUCCAUCCAUCUCUGUAAUGUCUCCGACUAGUCCCGGGAUGUUGAGAGACCUCCCUCUUGUACUGCCAGGCCAGCUGUCGGUGAAAUUAUGGUAUGAUAAAGUGGGCCAUCAGCUUAUUGUCAAUGUUCUACAAGCACGAGAACUGCCCCCUCGACCUGAUGGACGACCCAGGAAUCCCUACGUCAAAAUGUAUUUUCUUCCUGAUAGAAGUGACAAAAGCAAAAGAAGGACAAAAACGGUGAAGAAGAGUGCAGAGCCAAAGUGGAACCAGACGUUUCUGUAUUCUCACGUCCAUCGCAGAGACUUCAGAGAACGCAUGCUGGAGAUCACAGUUUGGGAUCAGCCCAGAGCCCAGGAAGAAGAGAGUGAUUUUCUGGGAGAGAUUCUGAUUGAGCUGGAAACAGCUCUGUUGGAUGAUCAGGCACACUGGUACAAAUUUCAGACCCAUGACGUGUCAUCGCUUCCGUUGCCCCAACCGUCCCCUUGCCUCCCGCGCAGACAUGUUCAUGGAGACAGUCCUAGUAAAAAACUGCAAAGAUCUCAUCGCAUCAUUGAAACAGAUUAUGAUGAUGGUAUAACAGUAGUGUCCUCAGCAGCAGAAAGGACCUCCAGAGACAGAGAGAGGUCAAGCACAUUGACUGUACCUGAGAGACAGGCGGCCAUACAGCAUCGCUCGCGGUCAGUUUCUCCGCACAGGGAAGACCAGUGUAGAGCCCGCUCUCGACCCGCACACAUCCCUAUGCAGAGGAGUCUGGAUGAGAUCCACCAGAACCGCCAUCAUUCCUACUCUCCCUCCCAUUACCACGACUCCCACCAGGAACAUCGAUCCGGAGACUCGGACUAUGAAUAUUCAGAGGACAGCGAGGUCCUGGAGAUGCACAGAUCAAUCCGAGGUGGGAGUGCUGAGUGCCUGCAUACAAACAGGAAAUUAGCUAGACACUGUAACACACUUCCCCCAAAGAUGCCAUUGUUAGUGAACGGUAUACAUAAAGAUAUUUACAGCUCUACCCUUCCUGCAUGCUUAAAGAGCAAAGCACCACGACGAACAGAGAGGGAUGAAGUUGUCCCUCUUAGUGCCAUUCCACAGCGCAUUCUCAGGUUCACAGACGAGGUCAGCUCUGGUGAUCUUCAGCCUUCAUUAGACAGAGUAAGAAGUGCCAGCACAACUUGUUUGAGACCAGAGUCAAGUUUUCAUUCACCUGAAAGGCAUUCUGGCAAUUUGGAUAGGCCAAGCUGUCAGAUAGCUAACAAGAAAACCAUUGAUGGUGACAGACUUCAGCCCACCUCUAUCCUGAGAGGCAGCAGGAGGAGGAGAGAGACCCCCCUCAGGCCCUUUGGCCAGACCAGCUUAGGGGGUUCCUGCCCAAACUCUCCUCGAGCUGACAGAGAUCUUCCACACGGAGGACAUUAUUCUCCAGCAGGGACCACAUCAUUAGGGCGCAGGGGCCGACAGCUGCCACAACUCCCUGCAAAGAGCAGCAGUAUAGAACAAGGCCGUAUACCUGAGGAGAAACCUAACUCAGCUCUAGCAGUGGAGGAGCGGGCUCGUCAGUUGCAGAUGAGAGUGCACUCGUAUCGGCCGGGAUCUUCUGCCAAUUCUGCUCAUGAUCCAGAGGCAGAGCUUAAGAACAGGAGAGAUAUGUACAAGGACCAGCGGAGGAGCUGUGACAACAUGUCUGCGAGGUCAUCAGACAGUGACAUGAGCGACGUAUCGGCCAUCUCUCAUGCCAGCAGUGCCUCACGGCUGAGUGCCACCAGCUACAUGUCCAUUCAGUCUGAAAGGCCACACGGGAGAAUCAGAAGCGUCCAAUAAGAAGUCGAAAGGCAGUCAAGGAACUAUACAGCGCAGUCAGGAGACGGGAAUGGCUGUGGAAUUGCAAAGGAAUAUGAGUCGACAGCCAAGCCGGGAAUCCAACAACGGAAGCACAAAUAGCUACAACUCAGAGGGCAGUCCAAUCUUCCCAGCAGUUCGAGUUGAGACUCAGUUCAGUGACUUUUUGGAUGGCCUGGGCCCUGCUCAAUUGGUUGGUCGACAAACCCUUGCCACACCAGCUAUUGGUGACAUUCAGAUUGGCAUGGUAAAUAAGAAAGGCCAGCUGGAGGUGGAGGUGAUAAGAGCACGAGGUCUAAUCCAAAAACCAGGAUCCAAAUCCCUGCCCGCUCCAUACGUCAAAGUCUAUCUUCUCCACAACGGGGCAUAUGUAGCUAAGAAGAAGACAAAAAUUGCACGCAAGACACUCGACCCGCUGUACCAGCAGACGCUACAGUUUGAAGAAAGUCCACAGGGAAAAGUGUUACAAGUAAUAGUCUGGGGAGAUUAUGGACGCAUGGACCACAAAUCCUUCAUGGGAGUUGCACAAAUCCUACUAGAAGAGCUGGACCUCUCCAGCAAUGUUAUUGGCUGGUAUAAACUUUUCCCGCCUUCUUCCCUAGUCGACCCGACUCUUGCCUCUCUAACUCGACGUGCUUCUCAGUCAUCCCUGGACAAGGACAAUUCACCGGCACCCACCGGGGUCCGAUCAUAGUGGACUAACAAAAAUAAAGCACAUUCAAUACACGCCGAGAGACAACGGGACAACAAUAAGAGCCAGGCAGAAAAUGCGAUGAAAUAACACAAAGCUUUGUUCAAAUCUGACAAUCACUCCUGUGACUUUGUUUUUAUGUCUCCUCUAUGUGGGUAGCCCGUGUUCUGCCAAAUUUGUUUGUCCUCGACAAAACCAUUUGUUUCUCUCACUGAGAUUUAGGGCUGUCUUCACUAGCACAUGGGAAGCACCGCUUUUGUGGGCGACAUUAGAAAGCAGGGUGGUCUUCAGUCAAGUCUUCAUUAAAGAAAUAAUGUACGUUAGCUAGUUUUUAACAGAGCAUCAGAAUGUAUUAACCCAAAAACAAAGGUGACCUCUGACCAAGGGAUUGUGGGGUUUCAGUUGAGGCCCUGUUUAAACCCUGUUUGUACCGAACGUCAAAGGUCAGGCGCUGUAAAGAUGUAGGGUGUCCCCUGGGGAGGUUGUCCGGAAGGGCAGGGCCCUUGUUGGUGCCUAAACCUGGAGGACCCAAAGCCAUGGUCUGUUUAGUUUAAAACAAACAAACAAACAAACAAAUAAAAAGAUUAUGUAGUUCCUCUGUUUUCAAUGUGACUGCUAACGGAGGCCAAAUUUAUUUUUAAUUCUGUUUAUUUAUUUCCUUUUUUUU